AUGGUUCGCCGAAGAUCAAGCGGAUCGACCACACAGCAAACGCCCGUCGCUGCACAAACGACGAAAACGAAUGGAAUUGAGGCUACCAUUUCCCCAAUCGGUCCAUCGCCGGCGAAACGCUUGCGCACUACGAGAAGCAUCGGGAAAGAAGAGAAAAAUGAGGAAAACAUGAUGAGAAUUGAUGAAAAAGACGAGAUUGUUGCGGAAGACAACGAGAAAACGGAAGACAAAGAAACGAAUGAAGAGAUAGCAACAACGUCGAUCAAUCUAGCUGAUGUGGAGAUCAAAAUGGAGAAUAAAGAAGAGAAAAAUGAGACACAGAAAAGAAUGGCCGCUCAACAAGGCGAGAAUCCGUACGCGAAGAUACUCGAGAAACCGACUUGGGUCCAUCCACAAUGGUCAGAGCCUUUUCGUGGAAUUCUCAUUACGCUCGUGGAUCAAAGAGGCGUCGCUCAACUCCAACCAACUUCGCCGCAAAUUCUCCAAGCGAAAGAAAUCGGGAAGAACAUGAUCAAGUUCAAAUCGAUAGCCGAAUUGCUCGGUGAUGGGAUGAAAUGCUCUGGAUUGACAGAAAAUGUGAUUCUCGAGAAAUGGGCGUGGUUAUGCGAGAUGAACUAUCGAAGUCAAGUGGUUGCAAGGACAAUAGGCAUGAUGAGAUGGCGAUUCUCGAAUGCAAUGAAACCCGUACCCACACAGGAUAAUGUUUUUAUUGGAAUAAUUUCCGAGGAUCGUUUCGAUCAUUUGUGUGAACUUUUCGAGACAACCGAACAAGACAAUUUGAUGAGAAAUGAAUAUCGACAAAUCGUUAAUGAUUUGUCGAGCUCGGUAGCUUCCCAAUUGAGGUCUUUUUCGAGUGUUCCCCCAACAAAGCCAAUGAAAGAGUCCCCAAAAGCGACAAAAUUCCCUCAAACAACAAAUGGACACUCGACGAUGACGCUUGUCCAUCAAGAUCCCCACGAGCCAACAGUGCGCGAGGCGUUGAACGCGCGUCGAGUGAAACAGAUUACAGAACAGAAAAAGGCACAAAUUGUAAAAGUGCCAAUCGCGCAGAACGACCUUGAUGUGGCUGAAUUCGAGCGUCUUUGUGGAACGAUUUCAGCAAAAGAUUCAAAAAUCUGGACAAGAACAAUCAUGAAAUCCCUUUUGAACGAACUGAAAGCGACCGGGAAAAGUCUCGACGAGACGACGACAAAAGAGCUCACGAAUUUAGCUGAGAAGCUACAGAAAGAACACAAUGCACAAUGGUUGACUGCGGAAGAGUGUCAUAAUCGCUUGAUGGGGCUUCGCGUGUGCGCGGCAAAACUCGCACUAAAACCGAAAUUGCAAUUGGGCGUCGAGCUACAAAAUGUCUACACAUUUCUGCAAUCGGCUAACAAUAAAAUCCCCUCAACGAGUCCUCAAUCGAAUCACGGAAAUGAGGCGAGCUCAACUCCACCGAACGUUGAUGGGAAAGAGGUGAAACGCGAAGUGGAAACAGAUGCGACAAGCGAAUCGAUUCAGUCAUCCACUUCUCAAUUUCCCAUUCGAUCACUUAACCUCGUCGAUUUAAUUAACACGGCUUUACAUCAAUCUAAUCCCACAGCAACAACGCUGAAUGGGGAGAGUGUUUGGGUGCCACCACGAGAAGAGGAAGUGGCUGCGGGAGUGGCUCGCUCAACGGCCACAGCCACGGCAACAGUCAUGGUGAAAGGCUAUGGGGAAUUAGAGAAUCAAAAUGUUGGCCCAACAGCGGCGCGUAGUCGUGGACGAGCCUCAACAAUCGGAUCUUCACUUGCUGUCCCAAUUCUUUCACAACCAAUUAUGCAAAAAAUUGUUCCACACGUAAAACCCAUCAAUCAUCAGCAACCGGCCAGUUCAGCAACGAUUUUUGCCGCCAACCCAGCGCCAACCGUUGACAAGUGGAACUUGCUGGGUCAAUUGAUCACCGAGCAAGCCCGUGAGCUUGAGCGAACAAAAGGAAUGGGAGUCGCUUUGCAAUUCCAGAAAGCACUUACAGACUUGCUCGCUGCUCACUACAAA